AAUUUAAGGCGUUAAAUGAAAAAAAAUCCAUAUUUUAAUCAAAAUUACCAAACUCAACUUCUCACUCUCACUUUCAGUGGUUGUUUCUCCAUCUCCCGCCUCUCCUUUGCUUGCCGGGAAAGCGGCCGACGACCACCAACCACCACCUCCAGGAGAUCCUGUGGCUCACUUGGAUAGGUUGCUCGCUCUAGCUUUGGGGCUCAGUUCGGAUUCAGAGAAAGAGGUGAGCGCUGGUCGGUCUUCAAUUCCCUCUCUCACAUAGUUUCAGUGGGAAUAAGCCAAUGGAAGCACAAACCCUUUCCUCCUCAUGGCAAUUCAGCUGCGACUUAGAAGUAAAUUUUGAAUCAGACGAGAAGGCUUAUAUUGUGUAUGCAGCACUGAACGUUGACAAAGAGUUGCAACCAGAUAAAGUAAAGAGGGUGAUGUCAGUCUCCGAUGGGAAGCUUGCAGUGCAUUUCCAAGCAGUAGAAGCUAGAUUUCUUCGUGCAUCAUUCAGUGCUUUUGUGGAUGUUCUGAGGCUUGCAACGAGAACUAUCGAAGAAUUUAGCCCGGGAAUGGAAAUAUGAGACCUGGUUAUAGGUAGGAAGCUAAAAUCUUAUUUGUUCAGAUAUGUUGCUCAAACUGCCACUCAUUGAUGGAAUGGAAAUAUGAGACCUGGUCAUGAGUUGCUAUACCAGAAGCGGCAAUUCUAUUCAUUCAACAGACUUUCUGGUUUUUUGUUAGUUUUAAAUUUUUUAAUGAUCUAGGUUCAUUAUGUAACAUUGGAAUAAUAGACUUUGUAGUUGAUCAGUGAGCGAAGCAAAUACUGGACAGUAGUUUCAUAUCUUCAUCAAAAUCUAUUGAAUGUUGCUUAUGCUUAGAUAAAUAUUCUAUGAAUGAAAAGAGAGAAAGAAUUGAGCAAGAAAAUAAAA